AGGUACGCUGGGGAGAAAAAGGCUCGACCGAGGAGGGGGCCCGCCUGGAGAAGGCCAAAAAUGCUAUAGUGUCGGAACCCGAGGACGUGGAGGAGCCGAUGAUGAAACGUCCAACUCCAAAACCCACCGCGAUGAACCGUCAGGCUGAAAACAAAUGGUACACUCCCAUCAAGGGGCCGCUGCCUGAGCUUUAACCGUGUGCCCCACCAGCAGCAGAGGACCUGGACUCGGGUCUGAACCACGAACCAACCAGGGAGGACGUUCAGGCCUUUUAUUUGUGCUUUUAUUUUGUUAUUUCCUCUGCAGACGUGCGAGCUCGCAGCUGAAACCACUUCCUGUUUGGCUCAAACUGUCCACCUAACCAAGUUUUAAACUCUUAUAUCAGCUAAAAAAGUCCUUUUC